AUGGCGUGUUCAGAAGCCACAAGUGAAUUAUGCACUGAUGAAUUUUAUCGUUUGGCAAAAGAUUUUCAUUGUUCAUAUGGAAAUGGAGGCGACAGUUUUCUUCACUAUCCGGUUUGGAUUAAUGAAUCAAUGAAAUUAAAUGAAUGUCGAGAAAGACUAGUUCAAGCAUUACACAAACACAAUGAUCAAAGACAAAAUCAUCAACAUGAACCGUCACCAGUUGAAGAUAUUAUCGAUCCCGAUCUACUAGUAUGCCGUCCAUCACAGUUUGAUCGUGAGAUAUGGAUUAAAAAGCGUGUUAAGGGAUACAAAGACGUUGAUUAUGAUCGGUAUGAUGAUGAUGAUGAAAAACUAGAAAAGAAAGCGACAGUUGAAUUAGAUAAGGAAAUUACUGAACAUGUUAAACUUCGUAGUACAUACCAAUGGAUGCCUGCUAUCUUUCAAAUUGAUCAAAAUAGUCAUGUCACAAUUACAACACCUAUUCCCCAAUUAGAAAAAACAUCUGAAAAUGAACAACUUUACCGAGACAUUGCACAGGUGUUUGAAGCGAUGUUACCAGCAUUUCGAAAGGCAGAAAUAGUUGGUUCUGAAGCUACAGCAGGAAAUAGUCUUCAAGUUAUUGUGAAAGCUCAAAGUUAUAAUUUAAAAUCAGAUCCGCAAUAA